CGCAGCCAUAGAAGCUUCCAUCGUCAGCGAGAACACAUCAGCCAUCGAACAUCUCUUUUUCACGCACGUUUCCUAUCCUUUUCUUCGUCAACCCGCCUUCUUUCUUCUUACCAAUGCGCAAUGUCGGACUCCAACCGCAACGAUCGUGACCGUGAGCAACGACGGCAAGAGCAGGACGAUCCCUUCACUCGCUCCAUCCGCCACUUCGAUAAUCACGUAUCCUCGCUGUUCAACACGCUGUGGACACUGCCCACGUCCAUCUACCAGAGGGGAAACGAUCACGGAAGAGCGUUUAACAGAUUUUUGGAAGAGAGGCGUAGAGAGCGUGAAGAAGAGCAGGAGCGUGAGGACGGCAGAGGAGAACGAGCAUGUCGCUGGGGUGACCACCGAUCUUGGAAACACCACGGUCGAGGAGGAGUCGAAAAGCAGAAUGCGGAGCCAAGCGACGCGAAGAACGAUGCCGAGGACGUAGACCAGGACUUCGAAUGGAUCAACCAGGUUGCAAAGGCGCUGGAGAGGAACGAACGCGAGGCACAGAACUUGUACAACGCGCAGAAGAGAAUGAUGGAUGAUGGGCUUCACCACCGCACGAGUGAAGGCAGUGACAAAGACGUGGGAAAACGUCAAGAUACCACGGAGGAAACGCUGUGGCCGAGGUCGUCGCCGAGAUUCCCCACCUUUGAAGAGCUCGAGGACGUUGUGCGAGGCUUUGAACAGAACACUGCAAGGAGGUUGUGGGAAUGGGAGUCCAGGAUCAGAAAGGAUUUUGAAGAGCAUGUGCCGCCAGCUGAAAGAAGCGAGGAAAAGCAAUCUGCAAAGCCCUCGACCUGGUCUGACUUAUUCCCUGCCUGGUCACGACAACCACCCACAGCGUCCAAGAAGGAAGAGAAAACUUCUCAGGAAGAGGAGUCAAAGUUGCCUGAGCUGCGUAUUGGCUCUGUUUCUGUCACUCAGAAGCAGGCCGAGGAGGCUUUUGAGCGGAUGCACAGAGAGAUGAGAGAGAUGAUGGCCGGAGCAUCUCAACUCUCAAAGAUGUUUCAGGACAGCUACAACCGAGAGUCUCGCAUUUUCGACGAGGAAGGUCUUUUCGGACACUCCUUCCCGUUCAACAAGCCUCUAAGUACGAUGUUCUCGCUUGGCAUGCGUCCGUUCCUACCACAAGACUCAGCAAUGGCCUACUUGCUGUUUAGCGAGUACUCGCCUCUGCACCUGGAACACGAGGAAGGUUUCGAUAAAAGCUUCAGAAAGAGGUUUGAGGAUCUUGUCGCUUUGAAUAGUGGCAAGGAAAUGCGUGACAAGAACGAAGAGGAGGGUACCCAGGUUGACUUUUUAGCGAGGAUUGUACCUUUGCUCAACAACGAAAGGAGCGUUACUAACAAAACUCGUAUCUCUUCCGACAAGGAUGGACGUGUCACAUCUGUCGUGGAGAUUGAUAGUGAGGGUCCAACCUCGUAUCCUGCCGCAGGCGAGGGGCGGUCUGGUCAAGACACAUGUAACGACGCAAGCACAGAGCAGGAGUUGCAUGAGCGGCACUUCUCCUUCGAAAGCCGAGGUGGUACCUGCUUCCGUCCUGGUCAGCAAACAUCGACCUGCAAUGAAGACGAUUACGCAAAAAAUAAGUCGCUUCGUCACUCCUCACCGUCUGCGUCGAGCAUCUUGUCUACUCUCACAACCACAGAACGGCACAUUGAUGCCGAUGGAAAUAUCACCACCAAGACUGUAUUGAAGAAACGCUUCGCUGACGGCCGGGAAGAGACAGAGACUUCAACGCAUAGAGAGAGCAGCCCUAUGGCCUGGGUGAAGCAGAGACAACUCGAAGCUCCAUCGACGUCCAGUCAGCAGGAAGAGAAAACUGCUAAGGAGGGCAAGAGCGGACGGGGAUGGUUCUGGUCAAGCUGAGAGAGCAAAAAUUAUUUGGCCACCGGAAUUUGUUCAUCUAUAUAUACGGCGUUUGGGAUGGAAGGAUGAUAUCCCCAGCUCUUAUCACUGCCAGAAGAAAACCAGGUUCCACUCUCAUAUCCCAUCUAAAUUGUAGAACUGAGCUUAUGUUUCAAGCCUCACUUCUUCGCAGCAGAUUAUUUGAAUUUUUUUUUGUAUGACCUCGUCUUGAUUAUAUUCAACGUUUGGAAUAUUAGUGGUCUUGUUCAAUGUCCACAGCAUGGCCUGACUAUGUUUACCGUUUCUCAACCUAACAUACACUCUGCGAUCGCUGACCUACCAAGUCUGAUCGAAGAGAAGGCUUUACAGCUUUGAUUUGGCAAAGCUACACUCUUUCAACGGCCAUUUCAUACAGCUCGCAUAGAUCUUCCUUUUUAGCGAGCCUUCCAGUGCUGUCGAUUUCGAUCAGAUAAAGUUUUGCUGCUUCUCUCCAGGCCACGUAGAUGGAUCC